AGUAAUCCUGACCUUGGGCUAUAGCCCUGGACACUUGGCCACUUUUAAGGGCCUUUACGUUCACCCUUCUCCAACUGAGAAGAACUGAAAGGGUGUAUGGGUGAUUUAGACAGGCCUAUCACAUGACUGACAGAAGCCACAUUUUAUCAGAUGGCUGACAAGAUAUAUGGCACAUGUGACUGGACUGGCUUUUGACUUACAAAGUGAUCUGUAAAAUCCGGUUUCACAGUUUUGAGAUAUCACUGGCUGAUAUCUGCUGUUCUGUCUAGGAGUCUAUUUAUCCUAUUCAAAAGAAUGUGUGAAGACAAAGUACAUUCGAUAUGGCAUAAGAGGUCCACCCACAGGUCAUCAUCUUGUCAUCUUGUCUAUGAUCUGUUAUCAUUUAUACUUCCAUCACCCCUGCUUAUAUAAUGGGGACUUACAACAAAUGUACAUGCAUACAGUACCUACAAAUAUUGCAGUCAUACUUUACACGUUCACUAUGCUGAAGAUUAGGCUACAAUAUUACGUAAUUGUGCAAAAUUGUCAAUUCAGUCUGAUUUAGACGUUCAUCAUAGAAUGUUAUAUUACAACCGGGAAAUAUAAAUCUGUCUUUUAUGUAAUAAUAGUUUUUUCUACCACAAUCCACAUUCUAUUAAUUAUUUUCACUAAUUCGUUUAAUUUUUGUUUGUUUGUUGGACGUUGGACACUAUCUGGCUACAUCAUUUUAAUAACCCUCCGUUUUACAUGGCUAUGGGCAACAGGUUUCCACGUAUGACGUCGAUGACACGCAGGCUCUUGUCCGGUCAACAUCAGGAUAAUGUUACAGGAAUGAGCGCAGCGGAGUGAGGGCGUGUUCCGCCGGUCGAGGUGUCAACUCAGACAGUUGAUUGGAAUUGCGGGCGCUGUCCAGGAGAUUAGGUGCUGAAAUUUCAGAGAAUGGACAGUUCUCAAUGUCAAAUAAGCGAGUUUAGUCGUGCUAGGACUAUUUAAAUAUAACUAUAGUGAAACUGACACGAGACAGAUGUUUUGAUAACCUAUUGUAUUGUAUUAUUGGCGAUAUGCUUUGUGAGUGAGAAUAAUUAACAUCGUUAAGAGUUUAGCAAAAAUGCAUCUGUGUGGCAAAACAACUGGGUGGAUAUCCUGCAGACUAAAUAAUCACCCAAGCAUUUACAGCUAAUGCUUGGCACGUCUAUAUGCAUUAAACUAGCACUGUACCUCCAACUGAGCAAUGUGUCUCGUGAUGCAGCAGUGUUUCAUGUUCUGCCACAGCCUUUGAUACUACCAACAGACCAGAGACUUGACUGCCCGGUCGGUUUGCGAUCUCUCGCUCCCGUUGUAUCCGCCGGCUAGGACGUCGCCGCUUCUUAAUCGGUAUGACAUCAUUGAUUUUCCGUCACAACCGGUAAAUAUCUAACAAGGCUGAGAUACCGAGGAAGACAAGGACAAAGCUGCGUAUGUGAGCCAGCGCGAAGCGGAAUUAAUAAUAACAGCUACGACAGUAUGGCGUCCAGGGAGCUGAUGUUUGUUCCAGACAAAAAGCAGGGCGACGUCAGAGAACGUUUCACACAAAGUUAUUUUGAGUAAGCAUGUGAACAACGGAGGAUGACAUGGCAGAAGCGGCGAGUCCAACAGGAAGCGCGUCCACGUUACAGUUUGACUCGGCUUUUCCCUAUGAGGAGUAUGAGUGCAAAAUAUGCUACAACUACUUUGACUUGGACCGCAGAACACCGAAAAUUUUGGAAUGCUUGCAUACAUUUUGUGAGGAGUGUUUGAACACUUUGCACCUCCGCGAGGAUCGACCUUGGCGCAUAGGAUGUCCGCUCUGUCGCCACAGAACGCCCGUGCCAGAAUACAGGAUACAAAACCUUCCGAACAAUACUAAAGUGACAGAUGCUUUCCCCUUCUACAUUGAGUUAGAUCCCCUUCCACAGGAUAGCUUGCCGCCCUAUCCCCCGCCACUACACCCAGCCCUCAUUGCACUUCGACGCGAGGAAUCGAGCCGAGCAGCAACAGGAGCGCCGGCUGAGGACAGUGCGUCGGUCUCAGUGGCCGCCGCCGCUGCUUACGAGGCUGCUGGUUAUGAGUCCUGUCAGACUUGUAAGCGAGUCGCCCUUACCACGGGUUGUGUGUGUGCUAUCUUUGCCUUCCUUUCUAUGUUGGUGUUGUUGUUUAUGGGCCUCGUAUUCGUUCACAACUACAACAACCCCCCUUCGCCAGUGGGCCCCAUCUGUCUGUCUGUGGCCAGCAUAUUGGCAAUGUUUUCAGUGGUUGUCACGUGGUUGAUGUGUUGGCUGAAAUACCGACCUGAACCGGACAGCGUGCGGUCAACCAUUGGUGGCAACAGACGAAAUGCCUGAUAUAACUCAUGUUGACCUAAUUCAGGUCUAUAUGUAAACACAUCUAUCAGCAACACUUCUCAAACAGAGUAUUGUAAAAUUAAUAUACAAUUUAUGGACAGAAAGAAUAAAUGAACAGAUGUGCCACGUAAGACUAUUGGCCAUAGACUCUUCAGACAAUCACUUACAGUGACUUGUAAUCCUAUGACUUGUGCUGACCUACAUAUCAAACUGGUCUUACGUAGUCUAUAGGCCUUGUGGGUGAAAUGCAAACGUAACUGGGCCAUGCCCAACUGGGAAGAACGAUGUAACGUUUACUAAGACCGGGAGUUUAAUUAUAAAUAAAAUGCUUGUCCAAUCAGA